GAUGCCGGAUGCUGCUGCUCACCUGCCCUUUUACUACGGCAGCAUCGCCAGGUCAGAGGCGGAGGAGUACCUCAAGCUGGCGGGGAUGGCGGACGGCCUGUUCCUGCUGCGGCAGUGCCUGCGCAGUCUGGGGGGUUACGUCCUCUCCAUGGUCUGCAACCUGCAGUUUUACCAUUACGCCAUCGAGCGCCAGAUGAACGGCACCUACGCCAUUGCGGGGGGCAAAGCCCACUGUGGGCCGGAGGAGCUCUGCGAGUUUUAUUCCAAGGACGCCGACGGGCUCUGCUGCGCCCUCCGCAAGCCCUGCAACCGCCCCAGUGGCGUGGAGCCCCAGCCCGGUGUCUUCGACAGCAUGAGGGACAAUAUGGUGCGCGAAUAUGUCCGGCAGACGUGGAAACUAGAGGGGGACGCACUCGAACAGGCCAUCAUAAGCCAGGCUCCCCAGGUGGAGAAGCUCAUUGCCACCACGGCCCAUGAGAGGAUGCCCUGGUACCAUGGCAGCAUCGCCCGGGAUGAAGCUGAACGAAGGCUCUACUCAGGGGCACAACCUGACGGGAAAUUCCUGCUGAGAGAAAGGAAGGAAAAAAGUGCCUACGCCCUCUCCCUCGUCUAUGGCAAAACAGUGUAUCACUAUCGGAUAGACCAGGACAAGUCUGGCAAGUACUCCAUCCCCGAGGGGACCAAGUUUGACACGCUCUGGCAGUUGGUGGAGUACCUAAAACUCAAACCAGACGGGCUGAUUUUCUACCUGAGGGAAACCUGCAGCAACCCCAACAUGCCAGCAUCUGCAGCACCGAUUCCACCAACGCACCCCUCCGUGAGUAGACACCUUGGGCCUCUCAACGCAGACGGAUACACACCAGAGCCUGUAGGUGCAGGAAAGUCACGCUUGCUACCCAUGGACACCAGUGUCUACGAGAGCCCGUACAGUGACCCUGAGGAACUGAAGGAUAAGAAACUUUUCCUGAAGAGGGACCACCUGAUGAUCGAUGAAGUGGAACUGGGGGCAGGAAACUUUGGCUGCGUUAAGAAAGGAGUCUACAAAAUGAGAAAGAAACAGAUUGAUGUGGCCAUAAAGGUGUUGAAGAGCAACAAUGAGAAAACAGUGAAGGAUGAAAUGAUGAAGGAAGCCCAGAUCAUGCAUCAGCUGGACAACCCCUACAUUGUCCGCAUGAUUGGGGUCUGUGAGGCAGAGUCCUUGAUGCUCGUGAUGGAGAUGGCUUCUGGAGGGCCGCUCAACAAGUUCUUGGCUUCCAAGAAAGAUGAGAUUACAGUCAGCAAUAUUGUGGAGCUGAUGCACCAAGUAUCGAUGGGGAUGAAGUACUUGGAGGAAAAAAACUUUGUCCACAGGGAUCUGGCAGCCAGAAAUGUCCUGCUGGUCAACCAGCAUUAUGCCAAGAUCAGUGACUUUGGGCUCUCCAAGGCUCUUGGUGCUGAUGACAGUUACUACAAGGCCAGAACAGCAGGAAAGUGGCCCUUGAAAUGGUAUGCCCCAGAGUGCAUCCUCUAUCACAAGUUCUCCAGCAAGAGUGAUGUAUGGAGCUAUGGUGUGACCAUGUGGGAGGCCUUCAGCUAUGGUCAGAAACCGUACAAGAAAAUGAAAGGCCCAGAGGUCAUCAGCUUCAUAGAGCAAGGGAAGCGUAUGGACUGCCCCACCGACUGCCCGGCAGAGAUGUACGCCCUCAUGCAGCAGUGCUGGACCUACAAAUGGGAAGAGCGUCUAGGAUUUAUUACUGUGGAAAACAUAAUCCGUUCCUACUACUACAGUAUUGCUACCAAGACAGAAAAUGGGCCAGAGGCAGAGGACAAGUCUAAACUUCCUUGAGUUUUCUUCUCUACUCCUCAAUACAUACCCUUCCUGCAUGGGACCUGGAAAGACUCUGCAAAUUUUUGCUUUAAUCUCUCAAAUGUUGGUUUUGUUUUUCAAGUAGUUCCAGAACGAAGAACCUGGUCUGUCAUAGCGGACAAGGGCACUCAGCUGUGCCUCACGUUUCCAAACAGCUGGCCACGAUUUACAUCUCCAGCCUGACCCAGCACAGGACAGUACAGACACUCUUACGGUUCCUUCUUAUCCACUUCCAAAAUUACCCCAGGAACUCAGAGUUUAGUGCCUACCAGGAUCAGUAAGGAUGAACUGUGUUGGCUUCAGCAGACCCGGAUUUUUCCAGACCCUUUAAAAACCAAUUCUUUCACAGGAAACCACCAAGUACACACUUCUGGUGAGGUUUGCAUGGGGUGUGACACAGGACAGGGAGCCGUCAAGUCCCCUGCCCCUUGGCUUAGGGCAAGAAGCAGCUGGUGUGCUCCUUGCUCCCAGGAGACAGGGAGGAGCAGUGGGGGCAGAGCUGUGUGGUGCCACUGCUUUGUCCCCUGCGGCCCUGCCAGCCGCAGCUCUUGCCCUGGAGCGCUGCCACGUGCCUGCUCAGCACAGAGCAGGGUGUGCAUCCCCCUGCACUGCCACAGCCCUCCAAGGGGGGUUAUGGCUCCUGAAACAACACCCCGGACCCAUUGCUCACCGCCUGGAUCUCAACUGGCCCCUCUGUGCUAAUGAAAUAAGCAUCUCGUUUUCAAGCUUGAAAACCGGUCAUCCUGUAAAUAAACCAUUCUAUAUUUUUUAACAUA